AUGCCGCCAUUUCGCAAUUUCCUCGGCCGCAAGCCUCAAUCGAACCCCGAAGACCCCGCCGUCUACGAUGAGAAUCAUCUCUCUCCCGGUCCCGCCCCGAUCCCCAUUCGGAACAGCCAGGAUGAACCCACCGAGUACAAAUUGAGUGUCGUCAGCGACGGCGGAGUCUACCUCCCGCCUUCUCCCCCGGAGAGACCGAGCUUUUGGCGCCGGUACCCCGGAUCGAACAAGUCCUCUAACCACCGCGACCUCGUUGACGAGAACGAACCAUUCUCCAUAUCUCGGGAAUCGUUCGACUCAUACCGUCGAUCCUUUGAUAUCUCCGCUCGCUCACCCAUCAUACACCCAGAAUCGGGACCCUCUCGGACUUCUCUUGAUUCGCGGUGCUCCCGAUUAACCCCAUCGGGCACUCACUCGACCAGCUUCACCAAGCCGGAUCCCAUGGAAGAGGAAACAUUCGAAGAAGUCGGGCUCACCGAUGAGGUUAAGCCCAAGAAGAAAGGAUUCCUUUCUAGGUUUGGUGAUUCUUCCAACGAUGCGCAGCCGGCCGCGAAAUCGUCGACGUCUUUUGGAUUCCACAUCCCCGGCCGCAAGCGCGGCCAGAGUGGUGUCGGGUCGGAACUUGGAUCUAUGAAAGUGCCUCCUGCUGUCACAGUCGAGGAUCAGUCAUAG